UCAAAAUCGAGGAAAUUAAGAAUUUUAUCACUAAUUGUGGGAAGAUUACAAAAUACUUUAAUAAGUCACAUCAAAAUUUAGCAUUACUUCGACAAGGGUUGACUAAUAUGAAAAUAAAAUCUGAAGGUUUAGAAACUUGGUGUCAAACACGUUGGGGAUCACUUUAUAUGACUACUAAUUCUAUACUACUUGCACGACCUGUAUUUGAUUGGAUUUUGUCAGAACAUCCUAAUACAAUUUCUAAUAUGGAUGUUUAUGAUUUAUUACAUAAUGAAGAUUUCUUUACUACAUGUCGUCAACUUCGAUCGAUUUGGGUACUUAUAAAAGAAUGCAUUAAUAUUUUGGAAGCUGAUUCAGCCUCUUUAGCCAAUU